AAGUAGAAUAAUUAUGCGCCACGUAAUUCUCUCAGCUUGCAAAACCAGACGAUUCAUUGUCAUCCCUUAUUCUCCCAUCCUAUAGAGUAUCAGCAAUGGCUUUCACUGCGACUCCUCAGAUUUUGUUACACAAUCCCAUAUUAGGAAGAGGAGCAAGGUGGUUGAGAGGGAGAGUAACACCAUCCACAAACACCGAUAAUAAUAAUAACAUUAGUUUGCAGGUGCGGGCUUCCAAGGGCCCUGGCAACAAAAGAAGAGCACCCCCUUCCCCUGGAGUGGACACAAGAAUCCACUGGCAAAAUGAAAAUGAAGGUUGGGUUGGAGGUAGUAACAAACAACAAUCCACCGCAGACAAUAAGAACCCUAAGAACCUCUUAGGAGAAUCAUUUGCUGAUUUGCUCAGCGCUUCCUCAGGUUCCCAUUACGAAUUCUUAGGAGUAUCGGCAGAUGCGGAUUUAGAAGAAAUCAAAACAGCUUACCGGAGAUUAUCAAAGGAGUACCAUCCAGACACAACUUCUCUGCCUCUCAAAUCUGCUUCAGAAAAAUUCAUGAAACUCAGGGAGAUCUACGAUGUUCUUAGCGACGAAGAGAGUCGAACGUUCUACGAUUGGACUCUGGCUCAAGAGGCUGCAAGCCGCCAAGCAGAAAAGAUAAAAAUGAGAUUAGAGGAUCCUUAUGAGCAACAACUCAGAAGCUAUGAAUCUGUUCCAGACAUGGUUGACCGUCUUGGUGGGAAGAAUAUGAAGCUUAGCGAUCAAGCUGUUUCUGCCCUCACUAUUGAUGUCUUCAUCAUUGUUUUUGCCAUUUGUUGCAUCAUUUAUGUAACAAUAUUCAAAGCACCAUAUUAUUAUUAGAUGCAUACAUAAUCACAGUAUUUUUAUAUUGUAAUUUGUAAUUGUUAUAAUGUAAUGCAGUAGAAUCAGAUAUAGGACUAUACAUCAUCGCCACAUUUAAGGCAAGGUUUCUCCAUUGUUAACUCUCUUUUAGCAAUGAUAACAUCGUAUAUUUCCUUGUA